CCAUUUUACAGAGGUGUAUGUUACAGCGAUACGCUUAUUCGUGUUAGUUCUGUGCGCCUCGCUGUCCGUUUUUCCUGACGCGCGUUUUCCAGCAGAGAUUAUUGUGCGACCGCAGGUCGGGAGGAUGACAGCUCGAGUGUACUGCUCGCUGAUUGCUGUUUUAUCAUGUCUGUCUGGAUACUUGAGCAUUACACACGCUACUCAAGGAGGAAACACAGCAAAGCCAGGAGAGUGUCCACCCCAAACCUCUGGAAGAAGAUUGUGUACCACAUCCUGUAACAGUGACUCUAACUGUCCCACCAAUGAGAAGUGCUGCAGCAAUGGAUGUGGACAUUACUGUACACCUCCAUAUACAGUAAAGCCGGGUCAAUGUCCCAAGCUGAACAAGAUUCCAGCAGGUGCUGAAAGCUGUUUCCAUGAUGGCCAGUGUCCUGCCACACAGAAAUGUUGCCCAACCACCAGUGGCCAUGCAUGCAGUGAACCACAUGGUCGGGGAAGUGGUCUGGAAAGUGGUGAAGGUCGGGGAAGUGGCCAGGGAAGUAGGCCAAGUUAG